CAGGUGUAUGACUGCCUCCAGGAUUUUAAAGAAAAGAAACUAGUUCCUGCCACACCUCAUGUGCAGACUUGAUCCUGUGAGGUCUUGAAGCUGUUACCUGAAGCCCCCAGAUCCUCUGAGAUUCAAGAGCUCAGACAAAUCCUCCAGGCUCCACACUACAAGGCUGUGCUCAGUGCCCAUGACACAGUAGCUCAGAAAGAUUUUGAACCCCUUCUGCCCCCACUGCCAGAUAAUAUCCCUGAAAAUGAGGAAGCAAUGAGGAUUGUUUGUUUGGUAAAAAACCAGCAGCCCCUGGGAGCUACCAUCAAGUGCCACGAAAUAACAGGGGACAUCCUGGUGGCCAGGGUCAUCCAUGGUGGGCUGGUCAAGAGGAGUGGGUUGUUAUACGCUGGAGACAAACUGGUGGAAGUGAAUGGAGUUUCAGUCGAGGGCCUGGACCCAGAGCAAGUGAUCCAUCUUCUGGCUAUGUCUUGUGGGACAAUCAUGUUCAAGGUGGUUCCAGUGUCAUCUGACCCACCUGUGAAUAACCAGAAGAUGGUUCACAUUCAUGCCAUGAUUGAUUACUGGCCCCAGGAGGAUCCUGACAUCCCCUGAAUGGACGCUGGCUUGCCCUUUCAGAAAGGGGACAUUCUACAGAUUGUGGACCAGAAUGAUGCCCUCUGGUGGCAGGCCUGGAAAAUCGCAGACCUAGCUACCUGUGCUGGGCUAAUCCCUUCUAACCAAUUUAUGAAGAGGAAGCAGCAGCAAUUCUGGUGGUCUCAGCUGUACCAGCCUCACACCUGCCUCAAAUCCACCAGAUGGAUUUCUAUGGAGGAAGAAGAUGACAUGAAGAUUGACUAGAAGUGUGUGGAAGCAGAUGAAGAAACUUUUGAACCUGAGGAACUUGCAGAAGAUAAGGAGGAAUUUGUUGGCGCUGGGCAGAAAUUCUUUAUCGCCGGUUUCCACCGUAGCAUGCGCCUCUGUCGCAGGAAGUCUCACCUCAGUCAGAGGCACACCAGCAUGUGCUGCACUGGCAGCUGUUCCAGUCCAGGGGGUGCCCCUUAUGAAGAGGUAGUGAGGUACCAGCGACACCCAACAGACAGGUACUGCAUCAUAGUGCUCGUGGGACCUUCUGGGGUUGGAGUCAAUGAACUGAGAAGACAACUUAUUGAAUUUAAUCCCAGCCGUUUUCAAAGUGCUGUGCCACAUACCACUUGUUCCCCAAAGAGUUACAAAAUGGAUGGGUGGGAGUAUCAUUAUGUGUCAAAGGAAACCUUUGAAAUUCUCAUGCAUAGUCACAGGAUGCUGGAGCACGGUAAGUACAAAGGCCACCUAUAUGGAACUAGUGUGGAUGCUGUUCAUGCAGUCCUUGAUGAAGAAAAGAUCUGUGUCAUGGACUUAGAGCCUCAGGCUAUUCAAGCAGCAUGAACUCAUGAACUGAAGCCCUAUGUCAUAUUUAUAAAACCAUCUAGCAUGAGUUACAUGAAACAAUCUCUGAAAAAUACUAAUAUUAUCACUGACUACUUUGUUGACAUGAAGUUCAAGGAUGAAGACCUACAAGAAAUGGAGAAUUUAGCUCUAAAAAUGGAGACUCAGUUUGGCCAGUUUUUUGAUCAUGUGAUUGUGAAUGACAACUUGCAAGAUGCAUGUGCCCAGUUGUUGUCUUCAAUACAGAAGGCACAGGAAGAACUGCAAUGGGUACCAGCAGCAUGGAUUUCCUCUGCUACCAAGUCUUAA